UAAACUCGAGUAUAUCAAGGAGGCCGGUAGGAACAAGUGAUAACUGACUGUAGAGAUAUCCGCCAAAGAUGCCUCGACAGGUGGACAACAUAAAAGAAUUUCUGCACAUGACGCAACGGGCAGAUGCCAAGUCCGUUAAAAUCAAAGAGAAUAAAGACAAUGUCAAAUUUAAAAUUCGCUGCAGCCGAUUUUUAUACACGCUUGUUGUAGUUGAAAAGGAAAAAGUUGGAAAGAUUAAACGCUCACUACCUCCAAGUAAUUAUAAUGAAGUACUGGCUAAUCUUGACUCUUCCUUUAGAUCUGACUGUCAAAGAACUGUAAUGUGCUAUUAACAAAUAAAUACUUUGAGAACGAAGUUAGCCUCAUGAUUUCCUGACAGUGUGUGCGGGUGUGGUGAUAAAGGAAGCUAGAAUGAGACAGUCGCAAUAUCUAUGACCAUUUGUAAAGCUGGGUUACAUCACCUCACACCAAACUGAGUUUUAGUUGCUGACAGCAACGACUAAGAAGUCAAUAAAACUAGCGACUGUGGAAAGCCACAGAAUGAAUGAGGUGUAAGGAACAGAGUCAGGUCACACAAGAUAUGAGAGUUAUUGCUUCUACGCCACUGUGAAUGGAUUUUAGAGGAUUCGUUUGUCUUGAUGAAUUUGUUUGUAGUUUGUCGGUCCCUUCCAGCUAAAUGAGCUACAUUAAUUGACGUUAUCCAUUGCGGCCUCUUAGAAAAAAGACUUAUAAACGAGUCAUAAGCAUUGCUUGCGUUUGAAAUAUACCGUGGUUUAUACAUCGGCACGCGCAGUGUUUCACUGAGUCGUCGUACUAAUCAACUAAAUAUAUGCGAUGAAGAGAGUAUAAGAAACAUUGAGUGAAAGCGCAUAAGUGUAACCGCCAUUAGUUAAAUUGGACCGUCGUUGAAUUCUAUCUAACAUAUACAAAGGGGUUACUGUGCUCGAGAAAAAUUCUUCUGAGAAUUGGUUGGAGCGUGAAUUGUGUGUUGUAUUUUCGUAUGCCCACUAAGAUUGCGCUCGAUUUCACGUGGUAUUUUUUGAUGAAACAUGUGUUGCAUUUCAGGGUUAUAAAAUGGUUGUGGGGGGGGGACGAAAUAGUAGACUUUUGCUAGUUGAGGGAUUGUGAGCGAGUGUGAGAUUGGACACCGUGAAUAAACUACUUGUUGUGACGAGUUAUAAGCGAUGUGAUGGUGUAUUGGACGAAGUGUCUUGGUGUAUGAAUGUAGGAGAGGGUAUUUAUGCGGAUGUAGCGUGUCCCCAGUGGUUUAUUUUACUGUGUAUUAGGUUUUCGCGUAGACUUACUGUGACUCAGAGAGUGGGGACGAGUGAGAUAUGGUCGUCCUAGAUCUCUGUCAAAUUUAACGCUUGAUCUGAUGAUUUUUAGUUAGCUAGUAAGUGUUUCAAGUAGUUAGUGUUGAGAGAUUCGCUGGGACUCUUGUGGAUAUGGUUAGUCAGUGUUGACGGAUGCAUGAAGACAAGAGAGAGAGAGAAUUGUCUGAGUCUGGCUUUUGUUAGCCAACAAGUAAGUGGUGUCUAGUUUUUCUGAAUGACUGGUGUUGAGAUGGAGACAAAAUGAUGGAUUUAUAUGGUAAGUUAGUGGUAUUUUUAACAUAACUGUCAUUUAUGAUAGACUCUUCAGACUGAAUGACUGGGCAUACUGAAGAGGAGUUUCGAUGACUUCCCGUGGAAUACAAAGCGCUAUUAACAUGUUAGUUUUCGACUAGGAUAAAUCAUAGUUUUUUAUUGCUUUCGUCUUGUUGAAUAUGUACUAUGUGAUGCGUGUAUAACACGUCUUAUGAGAUGGUUAGUGAUUGGUCUUUCACACUGACUGAUUGUCUAAAUUGGUUCUUAUCUGUUGUUUCUCUUUUCAGAUGUCACUGGGUAAGUAGGCAAAUUCGAAUUGUCAUUUAGUGAUGAAUUAAUUGCGUGUCAUAUGAACUUUCAUUGAUAUGCACUAUUAAUCUGAUAGAAAUUCCCAGUUAGCGGCUCUUCUAUAUUUCAAUGCUAUCAUCAGAACGACAAAUCUUGUUGCUAAAUAUUCAUUUAUUUUUCUUUGUGUUUUGCAUAUUUUUCCUAGUUGAGUUGGAGCAAGUUAUCGUGAAGUUAUUGUUUUUUGUGACAUGAAAGGGCGUAUGUGGACGGAUGCGGCUUUACGUUUGGUUCCUACCAGUUGUUAUAAAGUGCCAAUCCAUUCUGGUAGUCUGGGAAGAAAAAACUAUGAUGUUACUUGUGAAAAACAGUGUAUGAAGUGAUGUAAAGUAUACAUGUUAUGUGGAACCAAACCAGUUUUCAUUUGUUUUCAUUGUUUAUCGCGUCAUCACUUGGAGCUAUCCAUCUUGAUUCCACACUGUAUUUUUGGUACAAGUAUGGAAUUUUCAGCAUGGAUAUCGGUAGCCCAAAUUUUACAGGCCGACCAUAGAUAUCAGGUG